AUGCUACCUUCACAACGUCCAUCAUCGACGUCUCAGCAAUCGGAGACGACCCCUUUAUUGGCGGAAUCGCAGGACAAUGUCCCCACGCCCGAGCAUUGUGGCCCUUUUACUCCAAAUCAGACACGACAACUUUUGAUCCUCAUUUGUGUCGCUAUCCUCACAAUUGAUUUUGGCUCUUUUAUGUCUGUCGCCCCGCAGAUCGAGAUCUUUGAGUCGAUUAUUUGUAAGCAACACGGACAUGGUAUAGAUGCCUUGGUGGAAGAUUCUCCUUGCAAGGCUGCCGAUAUCCAGGGCGAGCUAGCCCUGCUGAACGGCUGGAAAGACACACUCGAACAGCUUCCUGGUAUUAUACUUGCGGUACCAUACGGGCUAAUGGCAGACAAAGUCGGUCGCAAACCGGUUAUGCUCUUAUGUCUUGGGGGAGUUCUUUUGGAACAAUUCGCGAUAGCGUUGAUCAGCUGGUGGAGUGAUUUCAUCCCCAUUCGAGCAGUUCUGAUCGCCCCCAUAUUUCUGAUAUGUGGUGGCGGCCCCCAGAUCGCGACAUCGAUGGCCUUCACGAUGGUUACAGAUAUCUUUCCGGUCGAGAAAAGGUCCUCAGUCUUUUUCAUACUCGCUGCAGCAGCUCUGCUUUCAGAAAUCGUUGCCACCCCAUUAAGUGCUUUUCUCAUGACAUGGACACCUUGGCUUCCUUAUUUACUUGGGCUGUUGUUUGAGAUAGCGGGUAUGUCAGCCGCCACAUGCGUCUCCGAAACCAGAGCUCCGGACCUUUGCGAAAACAACGCCGAUACUUCCCAAUUCACUGCGGCCGAUACCAUAAAACCUCGAGGCUGGUGGACAUGCGCGUGGGAUGUGACUAGGGGUUCGGCUGGCACCAUCCGCUCGAUUCUCAACAUGAAUAUGGUAUGCGUGGCAUUGGCCUUUACCUUGGGUGGUAUCGGAAGGCAAGCACUCCAGCUCAUCAUUCAAUACGCCUCCAAGUGCUUCUCCUGGAGCUUUUCCCGAGCUAGUCUUGUGAUUGCACUUAAGGGCAUCGUUAAUCUCGGUAUCUUACUAAUCGUUCUGCCGAAGAUAUCCAAUAUCCUGGUUCAACGAUUGUCUCCGGUCGGAAAGGAUCUCCGUAUCUCUCAGGGUAGUGCCUGGGCCUUGACACUAGGCGCCGCGCUUAUGGCCAUCGCUGCUCAUCCAGUUCCUUUCAUCUUCGGCACAUGCGUAUUUGCUUGUGGAUGGGGGUUCUAUUCCACGCUUCGCACCGUGGCCACUGCAUUGGUGGAGCCCACUCAUAUCGGUGUUCUCAAUACAACGCUUGCUGUCGCACAGGGUAUCGGGUCUAUGGUGGCUGGUCCAAUCAUGGCCUCCGCGUUCCGACGAGGAUUGGUGCUCGGAAACUUUUGGGUGGGUUUGCCUUUCAUGGUUGCUGCUGCACUAUUCUUUGGGGCGAGCUGCUUGACCCAUAGCAUUCGUGUCUCGAUGAAGAAGUAG